AUGACGGAGGCUUCUGACUCCGACGCAUCAUUGAGCAAAAGCAGCAUAUCUGACGGGUUUAAGGUGCGACGAGCAAUACCAAUAGGAUCGAUGGAUGAGAAGCUGAGGAGGAUCAAUGAGGAGUUCAAAUCAAGGGCAUGUGCAGGAAGUGGAUUUGUGUUUAACAAUAAUGUGAGGCUGAAGCCGCCAAGAAGUUAUUUUGGAAAUGAUAUGAAUGAGAGCGAUUCAGAGGCAUCGAGAUCUGAAUGUGGUGUUCAAACAGUCAAAAGCGGAGAAGUAAGUAGUUUGAAGCAAAGAGACGGGUUUGUUGGAGGAGUGAUACCUUGGAGAACAGGAUCGAGUAGCUUUACAGUGAGCGGAAUUUCCAAGGAGAGCAAGCCUAGCGUGCUAGGGAUUGAUCUGUACAAGAAGCCCGUGGCUGAGCCAAGCAGGUCAUGUGUAAGCAUGUGCGAGAGUGGUACAAACAUUGAAUGCAGGCCACGAGCAGGAUAUGUCAAGUCUGUUGUUGACAGCUCGAUGUUCAACAAGGAAACAUCAUUGAAUGGCACGCUGAGUUUUGGGCGAAACACAUCGGCAGUGUCUAUUGAUGGGAUGGACAUGUCUGGGAUGUCUAGCAUGAUGACUGGCGGAUCGUUGCUAAGUAGCAGAGUGUUUUCAGCACAUGAGAGACCGAUUGGACAGAAACCACAUGCGAGCUUGAGUAUGAACCGCCCACAGAUGUGUGCAGGCAGUCAGAGGCAAUUGCUGCCAUCAGCAGAAUGUAGGGCUGGCUCGCCUACGUUUGCACCUAUAGAUGUGAUGUAUGUGAAGUCGAUGUAUGGGCUGAAAGCAGAUACGGAUAGCAGUUCAUCUGGAGAAUCAAGGGAUUCUGUGGGAAUACGCAAAGAAAAAGGAUUGGAUGAACCGCCGCUGCAGCUGUAUGCUCCGGGAAAGAGGCUUACUGUCCAUCCCCGGAUUAAAAUUCUCAAUACGGUGCUGAACUACGAAGGCAUGGCUGAAACAACACAAUACUACAUUUUGAUUGAGUCUGAUGUUAGCUGGUGCGUCUGUAAAUUGAUCGGAGAGAUUUUGGAUGUUGUUCCUGAGAUUGAAUGCUCGACAAUCGCAAAUGCACAUUCGCCCCAGAGCAGGGCAGUAAGGGACAGGAUCAUACAGGCAACACUGAACUCAAGAAGUAUGAACAAACAGAUGCAAUCAUUUAUUCUUUCGGGAAUAGUUGAUACACAAGAGCAGCGAUCAUCAUAUCUGCUGAUGGACAGCAACGGAUGGAGGGCAUAUGCCUUCAAGUUUGUUGGCAAAGCUCUUAUAUGCUACGAAAAGAACAAGGUGUUUAAGAUUCUGCUACUAAGUGGAUGCAGUGUUGUUCCAAUAGACAGCAACGGAUUCCGACUUGAGAAGUCGAAGGAAAGCAUAGAGCUAUACACCACCUGUAAAAAAGAAAGAGACUCUUGGAUUUCAGACAUACGAGAGUACAUCUACAAACUACAAUAA